ACCAUUGCAAUGUUCUGGACGAUUCGCAAAUCUUCUAGGAGAAGUUAUUCAAGAAAUGAUCUGCCCAUUCUCUGCGCCCUGAAGGCUUGUAGUCACUCUCCCGACACCCUGCUCAAUCAGUGGGAGUAGGUCCAAUCCAGGCACCAAAUUCCACUGGACAAACAGUCGCCCACAUACACUUCGGCGACUCCCACCAUCACCCGUCCCUGCUCGCGAUCAGCAUGCCAAAACGAGUGCCGACGCCCGAGCCAGGUGACAGUGAGCCCAGAUACUUCACCGUCGUCCAGCCCUAUCCGCGCCGUGCGAACUGGGAGAACGAGGGGGAUCGCAUCAAGUUCGGUCGGUGGAUCGCGUCGUGUAUCGGGUCGUCGUCGCUGUACGAUCUGUUCUACAAGCCCAGGGCUGCUGGAAACCAAGUCAUCAUAGAGGUCGACCGGUCGUAUGCAUAUCCCGAACGACUGCUCGGCGAACACCGAUGGGAUGAGUUCCUGCAAGAUCCCGAUGACGAUGAGAAAGGCUGCGUGAGCAAGGUGUUUUUCUGCACUUAUACGUCGGGGCGGGAGGUGCAGAAGAACGGCUGGAAGCGGAUCGAGGUAGCCUACUCCUGGUUCUCGCCGUGGCCGCCUUCCGAGAUCCACUGCGAUCCAUAUCCCACUACUCAUUGGUGUCCGCUCCCACCAGAAGAUCGCACCAAUCAGCCCAUGUGCCGGCCGUUACCCGCGAGCAUCAAGCCAGGGCCGGCGCUUAACCCCAGUGCCAAAGCCGCAGCAGCACCGAGGCCCGCAGUCCCGGGAUCCGCUGCAUGGGCCAGUUCCAAGGGUGUGCCGCUCAGCAAAGGUCGAGUUCAGUACGGGUCAGCUGUUAUUCCAACCCGUCAGCCCGACAAGAAAAAAAUGCGUGCUAUCCCGGCGAAUUCGACGGCUGAAUGGCAUACUGUUCUACAUCCCACCUCAAAAUCAACUACGCCCAUCUUCAGUGCCACAGACAGCCCGGAAGUACCCGGAAAACGAUUUCCGAAGCUCGGGACGCUGCCUGCAGAAGUCACGAGUUGGAGCGACCAGGUCGAGCUGGAGGAGGAGUUUCGUUCGCAGCGCAUCGACUUCGAUCCCGACGAUGUGGACGAAUAUAUCUCGGAGCCCCCGACGCCGCUCCCCCCCUGGCCGGAAGCCGAUACCCGUUCAUUGUACGGACCUGGCCCAGAGCCGGAGUACAUCGACGACCCCGAUACAUUCGUCGCUGAAUGGGAGAAGGGUAGCGGGACCGCGAAAGAGCGUGCUCCGCCGUCCGCGCCAGUCGGUGGCCAGCCGAAGAAGGCUCCGAUCGUGUGUCCCGAGCACGGGAAGUCUUGCCCGAGGGGCAUCUGCUCGGUGUAUUCCAAGCUGAAGAAGGAGCGGGCACGGGCGGAGAAAGCCGGCACACAGGUGGAGGCCAAGUCGAAACGGGGUGAUACACGCAAGUUCCAUGGCGAACGCAAAUCAGCGACGAAAGACGAGACGACAGAAGAUCAGAACCCUAGUGCUAUCUCCACCCCGACUUCUGAGAUACAGGCCCAGGAUGAAACUGCUCCGACCGAUGGAUGGAGAGCCCCUCGGCGCCCAAACAAGCGAGGGAAAGAAAAGGCGAAGGUGGAAGCCAAGGAUGGAGCUAGUUCUCCGCCUGAGGCAAACACCAUUCCGAUCGACACUGUCCCAGAUAACGCUGCCGAGGAGCCUACCGAGAACGCAGAGACAGCGGCCCCGAAGCCGACAGAUAGUGGAUGGACUACAAAGCGUCGCAACAAACGGGCACAAUAAGAAAGAACGUCAUUGACGCAAGGAUUGAGAAUCUGUAUGUACGAAUGUACACCAUACAAUACAGGAUAAAAAAGCUUCCAGGACUAAGGCCAGUCGACGCUGGCAGGAUUUGAACCUGCGCCCUCAGAGAGGAGUUGAUAAAGUACACUGGUGACGAAUUGCAGGAGUCGUUCGAAUCGAUCGCAUUUAACGCUUUGCUACAGCGUCAUGGGCAACCGCAAAGUCCUG